CCUCUCCGCCUCCCAGCCGGCGCGCCGACCCAGCGAGAUGCCGCCGCCGCCGCUGCUGCUCCUGCUGCUGCCGCUGUUGCAACUUUGCGGCUGGCGGGUGCAGGACGCGGCUGGGUCGUGGGCAGAGCCGGGGCGAGCCGAGGACGGGGCAGCGCUGAGCUUCCACCUGAGCCGCGAGUCGGCGCGGAAGGUCAGCCCGUUCUUCCUCUCCGUCACCCUCGACUCCAACCUGAUCACCAACCCCAAGUACAUCACCUUCCUCGGCUCUACAAAACUUCGCACAUUAGCAAGAGGCUUAUCUCCUGCAUUCUUGAGAUUUGGUGGCACCAAAGGAGACUUCUUGAUCUUCGAUCCUCAACAGAAGCCAACACCCGAGGAGAAGAUUUUUCAGGAUUUCCUUAGAAAACAAGCAACUGUGGACAUCUGUGGAUUCAGAUCUGCCCCUUUGGACUUCAUAGAGCGAUUGCAGGUUCAAUGGCUUUUCCAGCAGAAGCUCAUCUUCAGGGAACAGGAAAAGAAUAAGUAUAAAAACAUCACAUUCACACGAAGUACACUGGAUAUUUUAUACAAUUUUGCAAAUUGCAGUAAUUUGCAUCUGAUCUUUGGCCUCAAUGCCUUAUUACGAAAAAGCAGUUCCCAAUGGGAUAGUUCUAAUGCUCAGCUGAUUUUGAAUUAUACUGAUUCCCAAAAUUACAUCUUGUCUUGGGAACUAGGAAAUGAGCCUAACAGCUUUUUGCAUAAGUCUGGAAUAGAAGUUAAUGGCUUCCAACUUGGUCAAGACUUCAUACAACUCCGGCAGCUUUUGAACAAUUACAUCCACUACAAAAAUGCCCAAAUCUAUGGCCCUGACUUAGGAAGGUCAAGUCGGAAGCACAGUAAGGCUUUGCUUAAAAGUUUUCUGAAGUCAGGAGGCAAAGUACUUGAUUCUGUCACAUGGCAUCAUUACUAUAUUGAUGGACGAAUUGCCACGAGACACGAUUUCCUGAAUCCAGAUAUACUGGAUAGCUUCAAGACCAAUGCAGAAGAAGUACUUGAGAUUGUUAAUAGCACAGUACCAGACAAGAGCGUGUGGCUGGGAGAAACAAGUUCAGCCUUUGGAGGUGGAACGCCAAAUCUGUCUAAUGCAUACAUUGCUGGCUUUAUGUGGCUGGACAAGCUUGGACUGUCAGCCCAGCUGGGCAUUGAUUUAGUGAUGAGACAGGUUUUAUAUGGAGCAGGAAACUACCAACUGGUGGAUGCCAGCUUUGAACCUUUGCCAGACUAUUGGCUAUCCCUGUUGUACAAGAAACUGGUAGGCACCACAGUUCUGCAUGUGGCCAUAACAGGCUUAGAUCCAAAGAAGCUUCGCGUGUAUCUUCACUGUACCAAUACACACCACCCGAGGUACAGAGAAGGUGACGUCACUUUAUUUGCCUUAAAUCUCUACAACAGCACAAAGCACCUGCACGUACCAACUUACUUUUCCAACAAGCAAAUUGAUGAGUAUCUUUUGCUACCCCAUGGAAAGGAUGAGUUACUUUCCCGGUCUGUUCAGCUGAAUGGUUAUCUCCUAAAAAUGCCAGAUGAUGAGACGUUGCCAGUUCUCCAGGGAAAACCUCUUAGUCCUGGGGACAGCCUUGAGCUUCCAGGUUUCUCUUACGGAUUCUACGUAAUAAGAAAUGCCAAAGUAUUGGCUUGCGUUUAGUAAGUUAAUACACAUUUUCCAAAUCUGGAAGACUAAGUUUUGAUUGCGAUUUACGACUUCAGCCCAGAGACGGACAAACCUUUUUAAUAACAUUUUAUUUUUUCCCCAAGCACAUGUUCGUUUGUCCCCUCUUCACGAGUUAGUAAACCUUUUUAAUUAAAAACCAAACAAUUCAUAAACAUUUUGUAUGCAUGAAAAGUCUAUACUUUCUUGUAAGCAAUUUUCCCUGCUUUUUUUUUUUUUAAAUCGAACUGCAUCACAACAUUUGGAAAAGCCCCCAAAUCUUCCAGUUUGCAAGUUACACAUUAGGCUGGUUUGUAUUUGCCCUGAUCUUUAUUCUAGCUAAAGUAAAAUUUGUCACAGACUCUUUCCAGAUAUUUUAGGGGCAGAAACCAAGCAGGAAUAAAAGGCAAUGCCUGUGCUUCAUGCUCUACUGCCAUUCAAGCUUUUCUUUGAGUUCUUCUAAAAAGAAUAUAAAGCACUUUAUUUCCUCUGAUGGUAUCUGAGGAAUGAAGGCUGUGGUGUCAAAUCAGGAAAUGGAUGGGAAAGGUAGAUUAUAGAACUGCUGUGAAUAAA